GCGGGAGGAGGGGAGGCGGGAGGAGACUUGGCAACACCAGCUCUGCUCCGCUCCGCUCCGCGCACCCACGCCUCGCUGCUUCGCUUCCUGCCCCCCACCGGGCAUGCGCCCCCCGCGCCCCCGGACCCUUAGAGCCCGCGCUGCCCCCUGGAUCCUCCCCAGAGCAGGAUGGGCGCCCUCGGCCCCACGCCGCCGCCGCUGCUGCUGCUGCUGCUAACGCUGGGAAUCGGGUGCUGUGCCCGGGAGGUGCUGGUCCCCAAGGGGCCCCUGUAUCGUGUGGCUGGCACGGCCGUGUCCAUCCCCUGCAAUGUGACUGGCUACGAGGGCCCUGCCCAGCAGGACUUUGAGUGGUUCCUGUACAGGCCCGAGGCCCCGGAGGCUGCACUGGGCAUCGUCAGUACCAGGGAUGCCCGCUUCUCCUAUGCCGUCUUCGGGCCCCGCGUGGCGGCUGGUGAAAUGCAGGUGCAGCGCCUGCAGGGUGACGCCGUGGUCUUCAAGAUUGCCCGCCUGCAGGCCCAGGACGCCGGCGUGUACGAGUGCUACACGCCCUCCACCGACACCCGCUACCUGGGCAGCUACAGCGGCAAGGUGGAGCUGAGAGUUCUUCCAGAUGUGCUGCAGGUGUCUGCUGCCCCCCCAGGGCCCCGAGGCCGCCAGGCCCCCACCUCGCCCCCACGCCUGACAGUGCAUGAGGGACAGGAGCUGGCCCUGGGUUGCCUGGCGCGCACGAGCACCCAGCAGCACACGCACCUGGCUGUGUCCUUCGGGCGAGCCGUGCCCGAGGCCCCCGUGGGGCGAGCGACUCUGCAGGAAGUGGUGGGGCUCCGGCCCGAUUUGGCUGUGGAGGCUGGAGCGCCCUAUGCUGAGCGGCUGACUGCGGGGGAGCUGCGGCUGGCCAAGGAGGGCACUGACCGCUACCGCAUGGUGGUGGGGGGUGCCCAGGCAGGGGACUCGGGCACCUACCACUGCACCGCCGCCGAGUGGAUUCAGGAUCCCGAUGGCAGCUGGGCGCAGAUCGCGGAGAAGAGGGCUGUCCUGGCCCAUGUGGACGUGCAGACGCUGUCCAGCCAGCUGGCAGUGACGGUGGGGCCUGGGGAACGUCGCAUCGGCCCCGGGGAGCCCUUGGAACUGCUGUGCAACGUGUCGGGCGCCCUGCCCCCGCCGGGCCGGCAUGCUGCGUACUCUGUGGGCUGGGAGAUGGCACCUGCGGGGGCCCCUGGGCCUGGCCGCUUGGUGGCCCAGCUAGACACGGAAGGUGUGGGCAGCCUGGGCCCCGGCUAUGAGGGCCGGCACAUUGCCAUGGAGAAGGUGGCAUCCCGCACCUACCGGCUACGACUGGAGGCGGCCCGGCCUGGUGACGCAGGCACCUACCGCUGCCUCGCCAAGGCCUACGUGCGAGGGUCGGGGACUCGGCUUCGAGAAGCAGCCAGUGCCCGCUCACGGCCUCUCCCUGUGCAUGUGCGGGAGGAAGGUGUGGUGCUGGAGGCUGUGGCAUGGCUGGCAGGGGGCACCGUGUACCGGGGGGAGACCGCCUCCCUGUUGUGCAACAUCUCCGUGCGUGGCGGCCCCCCAGGGCUGCGGCUGGCUGCCAGCUGGUGGGUGGAGCGACCAGAGGAGGGGGUGCUGAGCUCUGCCCCUGCCCAGCUGGUGGGUGGCGUGGGCCAGGACGGUGUGGCAGAGCUGGGGCUCCGGCCAGGAGGAGGCCCCAUCAGCGUAGAGUUGGUGGGGCCCCGAAGCCAUCGGCUGAGGCUGCACAGCUUGGCGCCCGAGGACGAAGGUGUGUACCACUGCGCCCCCAGUGCCUGGGUGCGACACGCCGAUGACAGCUGGUACCAGGCAGGCAGUGCCCGCUCAGGGCCUGUCACAGUUUACCCCUACACACACGCCCUGGACACCCUAUUCGUGCCCCUGCUGGUGGGUGCAGGGGUGGCCCUCGUCACUGGCGCCACUGUCCUUGGCACCAUCACCUGCUGCUUCAUGAGGAGGCUGCGAAAACGGUGAUCUCCCUCUCCCCAGGCCUCGCAGGUGUUGCUCUUCCGCCUGCUCCAGCCCUCCUCCGGUUGCCUGGGUCCUCUCUCCUGCCUAGACUUCCGUUAAUUUAUUUGACCUGUCCCACCCAGCGUGGGAGACACGACCUCCACACCCCACUUCCCUCCCGAACUCCUCCUUCUGGCCUCUGUUUUAAUCUCACACCCGUCCUAUAGGGAGGCCAUUCCCUGUCCCAGAAUCAGAUUUUUUUUUUCUAAAAUGUGAAUAAACUUGUUUUAUAAAAUCCA